AUGGAUACCAAGGAAGGCGUACCAUCAGCUAUGCCAGCAGGACCAACAGAGCAGAAUCCACCACUGCCGCCAAGACACGAGCAACAAGGUGAACUUCCUGCCUACAAUCCCCAGGACUAUGCGAACCAGCCAAUUGGCACCACCCAACAAUUCGAUCAGCCAGUGCGCCUGAGCCUGGAGCAAGAUGAUGUCAACUCGCCAAUUCAUUUCGCUCGCGACCCAAAGAAGCUCAUCGGGUACUUGGUGCCAUUUCCCAAGCCGCAACUACACAAUGUCCCGGCCGAAAGGAUCCCUUCGCGCUUUCUAAUCUAUACACCCCCACCGCCUCCGAUUGCGAGCAACUGGACACCAAAAGAGGGGGAGAAGGAGGGAAAGAUGCACAAGGUCCAACGUAAAUGGGAGCAAGAGUUAAGAGAAGCCAAGACAGGGAACGCCAAAACUAUGAGCUGGAAGGGAUUCAAGGGCAAGGCUACGAAAGGUAUCAAUUGGGGCAUGUCUCAGACCAAGACUUCAAAUCUAGAUUUCUUAAAUCGCAUUGGUGGUGGUAGCCAGGACGACGACAAGCAUGCAGAGGAUGGACAACAUGAAGGGGAGGAAACGAAGAAGACCGUGCAGUUGGAAGAAAUGUUGCUGAUCUAUCCCGCUUCCUGGAACGAUAGCCCGGAGCAUAUUCGGGAGGAAUUUGUGAACACGAUGCUGCGUUCCAAGUCAAAGGCUGAGAGGGAUGCGAUCAUCGCUACUGGACUGUUACCCGUGAGCCUCGCGAUUGACAUGCUUGCAGUCCUAAUCUGGCCAUUCGGAGGACUACUCGAAGUCGACGCCGUAUGGCUGUAUGCCAGCAUUCGCGGUGCGAAAACCAGCAGGAGUGUGACCAAGCGAUUGAGUUCAACUUCGAAGAGCAAUGACCACGAUAAGGACAAGUUGGCAUUGAACUUCAGGCCUUCUCCUCGCCUGCAGGUGCUGGAGCGAUAUCUCGCUGCUAAAUGUCACGAAAAGGACCCGAAGAUGUUUCCGGCGUACUCUACUGCUCCUAGCGAGACGGAAGUCCUUGAGGCAAUUGGGUGGACGCCAACCGAGAAGGGUGGGGCAGAGAGGAAUUGGGAGGAUGAGCAGUGGGAGAUUACGGAGGUCAAGGACGAUCUCGCGAGCGUGUUCAAGAAGGGGGCGAGGGAGUGGGACAAGUGGCUCAAGGAAUUCGAGAAGAAUCCUGAGAAGGCUAUGAAGCAUUGA